AUGAAUCGGUAUAUAACUUUAAGCCAACUUGGUGAUGGCACCUAUGGUACUGUCGUUCUAGGCCAACGUAAAGACACUGGAGAAAAAGUGGCUAUUAAGCGAAUGAAGCGGAAAUAUUAUUCAUGGGAAGAAGCCAUGAAUUUACGAGAAGUGAAGUCACUUAAGAAAUUAUCACAUCCGAAUAUUGUAAAGCUGAAAGAGGUCAUCAGGGAGAAUGAUACACUUUACUUUGUAUUUGAAUACAUGAAGGAAAACCUGUAUCAAAUGAUAAAGGAUCGUGAUACACACCUACCGGAACCAACUUUAAAAAGCAUUUUAUUUCAGGUGCUAACAGGCCUAGCUUUCAUGCACCGACAUGGUUUUUUUCAUAGAGAUCUGAAACCAGAAAAUUUAUUAUGCUCCGGAUCAGAACUUAUAAAGAUUGCUGAUUUCGGUCUAGCGCGUGAAAUACGCUCAAGACCACCAUUUACGGACUAUGUGUCAACAAGAUGGUAUCGUGCUCCAGAAGUACUUCUGCACUCUACAAAUUAUAGCAGCGCAAUUGACUUAUGGGCUAUGGGUUGUAUAAUGGCAGAAUUAUACACAUUUCGACCAUUGUUCCCUGGUAGUAGUGAAGUAGAUCAAUUGUUCAAAAUUUGUUCCGUUUUAGGAACUCCACAAAAAAACGAUUGGCCUGAAGGUUAUCGGCUCGCUGCUAUCAUACAAUUCCGCUAUCCAGACUGCGUAAAAGUACCACUCAAUACAUUUAUUACGCGAUGUAGCCGAUCCGGUUUAGAAUUGCUAGAGAAUAUGUUGUUAUACGAUCCCAAUAAGAGGCCAACAGCUCAACAGAGCCUGAAAUAUCCAUACUUUCAUGCUGUAAAGCGAAUUUCCCCGGCUGCAGCCACAAAUGCUAAUGCUAAACUAUCUGCAAAGUAUGCCAAUGCUAACGGAUUAACGCAGAAUUUGUCAAACAACGUGCUUCCGGUGCAAGAAAAAUUGCAAUCUGUUACCGAAUUACUACAUCAAAGCAAUAACAACAACAACAACAACAACAACGCAAGUCAAAUUUCGAAUAAUGCUAAAUUAAAAUCGAUACAGAAACAACAACCAGUGCAAUCUCUUCAACAGCAACAACAAGUGAAUAUGCCAAAAAUUAGUUUUUUGACAAUGAACACGACAGACGAACUUACGCAGCAACCAGCCACUAUUCAACGAACUGUGACGCAGUUUAAGGAUGCAUUGGAUGAAGGCUCUAUUAAAAGUGGUUCUAUACGCUACAGUACAAUUUUAGCACCCGUUAGUAAUAUCUACCUGAAUGGUGGAAAUGUAUUAAAACAGCCAAUCAAGCAAAAUGACGAAAUUCUAAUACCUGAUGAACAUAUAAAUGAUAUAUAUCUGAAUCGGAGUAUAACGCAAAUCUUAGGUCUGAAUACUAUCCAACAGCAAGCACAGCAUCCAAAUGUAUCUUUUAAUACGAAUAAUAACAAAGGGAGUACGAUAUAUUUAAAUAGCCAGCGAAAUUAUACAUUGCUGGAAACUGCUACAGAAAAUGCCAAAAACUCCGCAAAAACUGGAGUGUAUUACAGAAGAACUCGACCAAGUGUACUGAAUAUGAAUGGAUAUAUGAAAGAUGGCAAGGUAUACAAUAUAUUCUCCAAAGUUGAGGAUUCCAUCAAGCCAGUUCAUACAAAUGUUAUAUUGCAGCAACCGCAUAGCAAUAACUUAAAUAAUACUGCAAUGUUGGUGAAUCAUUUAUCCAACAAUAUUAUAAAAACUAACGUGUUAAAUAACCAAACAGAAAACUUAAAAAAGAGUGAUGACCUGGAUACCAUACUUGGGUCUAAGAUCAAAACUUCAGGCAAACAUCGUAAAAAUAAAAAUGCAAAUGUGGUUUUGGAAGAUUUGUUUGGUCACUUGUCCAUGGACUCCGAUAGUGAUACAACAAAAUAUGCAACUGUUCCGCCGCAAACCCAAUUGCAUAAUCCUACAUCUGGACGCACAUCAAGCUUACCAAAUGCUGAUUAUUCAAAUGAGUAUUCCUGUGGUACAGAAAAGACGAACACCAAUGGAAAAGAUCAAACCAGCUCGAAGGCAUUUGACAGUCUAGAAGUAAAUAUGGGUAGUCGCACAGAGUCUUUAUCUACCAAUACAGCUAAAAACCAAAGGGAAAAGUCAAUGCUAUUUCCAUGGGACGAGACUAAUAAAACUGAAGAUGAGAAAUUAACGGCUUGGAUGGUGUCAGAAAAUGGAUCAAUACUGGAAAAGAAAAUAUUAAGUGGACAUAAAGAUCGCAAUUCUCUGUGGAUGUCAUCACCGUACCUGAAUCACUAGUAAAACAUUAAAAAUUUAUAAAUAUAUAUAUGUGUAAAUUUAAGAAUAUUAAUUUAAAACAAAAAAACCAAAACUACCGAAAUCCCAGUGGAACCUCUAAAAGUUUUUGAAAUAGAUUUAAAGUACUAGAGUCAGUUCUAAUAUGAGAUAUAAAUUUUGUAACUUGAAUCUACUACUUUAAUGUUACAUAAAUUAGU